GUUUUGGACUCUUAUCUGAUCGAGGAAAACGAACGAUGCGGCUAUUUUCGUUCUCGCCGCUAUUUGUGCCUAUAUUAGCUACAUUUUUCCAUCAGUUUUAUGCUCAGCAAGCACCGACUCACAGUGUACCUGCACCGGCUUACUUCGCAAAUCAUGGAACACAGCAGAGACAGCAAUUGGUUGCUGUGCCAAUCACUGCUGUUGCCGUACCCUUGAAUGUCUACAAUGCCAGAUCACAGCAGCCCAUCUACAGGCAACCUGCCCAAAUUUACCCAAAGCCUGCACUGCAGCAGCGGUACGUGUCGACUCUACCACCACCUCCUUCUUACCCACCAGCACCUCCUCCUUACUCACAACCACCUGCUUACCAACAACCAACGUACGCAACAACUCAGGCUUACGUGCAGACAACACCGGCACCAAGGUGUUGGAGAAACGCUGAAGGCUUUCCAUGCUGCAGCAGGGACCUGGAAUCAUUUAUGAUGCGAACAUUGCACGAUGAAAACAACCUGAAGAGAUGGAGAGGAUGCAAUUUGCAGAAAGCCGCUAAUGAGCUCCAGAAAAUGGCUCAAUCCAAAUUUAAGUACUCCUUUGAGUCAAUUGUUACGCAGUCCGAUAUGGCCAGCAAAAGUCGUUUUAUGAACAAUCUGAUGUGCAAAAUGAGGACUAGGGAUGGAAAGAUAGCUAUGCUUUAUGCCACUCCGAUUCAGUAUUCUUUGGAAAGUUCCGAUUCUCAUCCACUCAGCGAACAAGAAAUGCGACGAAAAUGGACGUCACAGCAAAUGGAGAUUACUAGCACCGACGAUAUCUAA